UGGUCUGGGAAGUCAACACAGGCGAGUACAGCUGAGGAGCAGGCAGAGAUAGAUCGUUGCCUGGCUGAGAAGAAAAAAGAAGAGGAGAAGAAAAGAAAGAAGGAGAAGGAAGUGAAGAAAAAGCUGUUCGAAGAUAAAGAAAACAUGGAGAGGGAGAUGAAAGAGAAAGAGAAGAAGGUGUUGGAGGAACUGGAAGAAGAAGAAGAAGAAGAAGAAGAAGAAGAAGAAGAAGAAGAAGAAGAAGAAGAGGGAGAAGAAAGUGAGAGGUUGAUAAGAAGGAGAACCCAGCACAUAGAGGAGAAGGCUCAAAGCAGCCAUGUUGGGGAAGUCAGGUUGUUGCAGAUGGAGGCGAUGGAUUGGAUGGGACAGUUCGGAUAUCAGACAGAGAUGCCGGAAGAAACAGAAGAGGAGAAAAAUGCAUUUGUGAUUAAGAUGGCAGCGGCAGCAGAUCAGGAGGAGAGAGACUUGCUGAUAGAGGAGAAAAGAGCCGAACUCAACAACAAGUUGGUGGCUGCAAAAAGACAAGAGUAUAAUGACAAAAAGAGGAUGAAGGAGGACGGGGAGAGGUUGCAAGCACUGCUGAUAGAGCAAAAGAAUAAGCAAGUUGCUUCAGACGAACGGUUAGCCCUCUUGACUGAUACCCUCCUCCGCAGUAAUGAAGAACUUGCUGCUCUCCAUCGAACCGUCAGUAAACUAGAGUUCCAUCAGGGAGAAUUUGAGGGAACAUGGAAGAAUUUCUUGCGCACAGCCUCUCACCAAGUAGAUGACCGAAUCUUUGGAUAUUUGAAGGAGCUAAACGAAGCCCUCACCAAAAAGAUAACUGAUCCUUCUGUGAUAAGAAAAUUAAAGCUUGGUGGUGGGGGAGGAGAUGGAGGAGACGGUGGUGAUGAUGGAGAUGAGAAGGGGAAAGGUCCCCAGAAAGAAGGGCACAACAAAGCGGAGGAAUCCAGGCAGAAGAUGAAAGUGAAGCUGCCAUGGCCAUAUAAUGGGAAGAAGGAAGAGAGUAUCUUCCACUGGGAAGCCACUAUGGAUACUUAUCUGUAUGCACAAAAGAUUCCGUACUGGGACCGCGUUUUAAUGGCAAGUUCGUGUAUGGCAGGAGAUGCCAUUAGCUUUGCCAUCUCCCUGAUGAAAGAGAUUGGAUGCACUACCAUGGUUAUUCGCAACGUACGCGUAUUCAAGAUGUCUUUAAGGCCCUCGGAGAGAGAUUUGAAGAUAAGAAUCUGGCUCGUAGAACAGAAUCCUUGAUCCUCAACAUAAGUGACCGUACGUGGAAGAGUGCGUCAGCGCUCAACGC